GCGGUAAAGCAGACCACGUGACCCGCUCGGCUCCAGCCUUUGAUCUCCCUCCAUAAACCAUGGCGAGAGGACGCGUGCUGACAGCUCGGUGUGUACUGCUCGUAGUGCUGCUGGUGGCCUGUAGCGUCCUGCAGUGCUGCUGCUCUCUGCACACCAAGGGCUCCCUGUCUCUGGACCAGAUCACCUUCUAUAAGGUUAUUCCCAAGAUGAAGUUUGUGUUGAUAAAGUUCGAUACUCAGUAUCCGUAUGGAGAAAAGCAGGAUGAAUUCAAACAGCUGGCAGAAAGUUCAUCUUCCAGUAAAGAGCUUCUGGUGGCUGACGUUGGGAUCUCAGAUUAUGGAGAUAAACUUAACAUGGAGUUGGGUGAGAGGUAUAAGCUGGAUAAGGAAAAUUUCCCUUAUUUUUAUCUGUUUGUAAAUGGAGACAUUGAAAACCCAAUUGCUUACACUGGAGUGGUUAAGACCAGUGCUAUCCAGCAUUGGUUGAAGACUCAUGGAGUAUAUUUGGGCAUGCCUGGGUGCCUGGAGGACUAUGACAUGCUCGCCUUAGAGUUCAUGAAGUUGACUACUAUAGACGAGAGGAGAAUGUACCUGAAGGAAGCUCAGAACAUGCUGGCUAGUGUUGGAGAGCUGGAGAAACUGUCUGCAGAACAGUAUAUAAAGAUCAUGAGCAAAGUCCUCGACCAAGGGGAGAGCUUUGCUGUCAGUGAGUUUGAACGUAUAACAAAACUAAUUGAAAAGAACAAAAUGAGCGAAUCAAAGAAAGAGGAUCUACAGAAGAGGCUCAAUAUACUCAGCAGCUUCAAGAGCAAACAUCAAGACAGAGAGGAGCUUUAAAUGUCAACGUAAUAUAUUUAUUCCAACAGUAUUUCUCCAGAGUUCACAUUAACUGUACAGGAAACACUGACAUGACCCAUCAUAAUUCAUGGACAUCUAUCUAACCAUAGAAAGUCUUACCGAUAGACCCGUGUUUUCAUUGGGCACCAGAAAAUGUGUCUAUUCUAUUUUCCUAUACGUUCAGCAAUACAGUAUUAUAUUUCUUUAAAGGGAAAAGAUUUAAAAAAUGUUUUUUACUUUUGUAUUUUCCCAUUCAAAUUCCAUGCAAUAGAUGCUCCAGAAGAGUCCGCAAAAUUCAAGAGAUACUCAGCUUAUAAUAGCUGGAAAAAGGUAAUCAUGGUGCCAUAAUAGAAGGUUAUCCAUGAAUCCAUUCAAUAGGUGGGAGAGCAUUAUCCCCUUAUCUCCAUUUAAAGGGGUACUCCGCAGCCCCAGCGUUCAGAACAUUUUGUUCGACACAUGCCCCCUCGAUGCAAGUCUAUGGGAGGGGGCAUGGCUCGCCAUGCCCCCUCCCAUAGACUUGCAUUGAGGGGGCGUGGCGUGAUGUCAUGAGGGGCGUGACCGUGAUGUCACGCCACCCGCACCCAGCGUUCUAAAUGAACCCCCGCGAUCAGACAUCUUAUCCCUUCUCCUAAGGAUAGGGGAUAAGAUGUCUAAGGGCUGAGUACCCCUUUAAGAACCUUGAAUUAUUUUUCACUGGAUAGCUGUACACUUUGGCAGGAGUAAGUGUUUCCCAAACUAUUUUACAUAGCAUACCUAACUUCUAGAAAAUAAUCGAGUCAAGUUUGCUGCAAUGCAGAGAUCCCAGAAAUGUAAGGUGGUUCCCAAGCACUCAAUAACACCUGUAGCUUCUUAUUAAAUUGACGUGUGUCUUCUAUAGUUUAUGGUUUGUUACAUAUAGAGAUGAGCGAACUUACAGUAAAUUCGAUUCGUCACGAAUUUCUCGGCUCGGCAGUUGAUUGCUUUUCCUGCAUAAA